CGGCGCCCCCCCCCCCCCUCCGGAGAGUCGGGCGCCCUCUGGCCCCGCGCGCGGUCCACAAUGUCUGUGUCCGGACUGAAAAAGCAGUUCCACAAAGCUAGUCAGUUCUUUAGUGAAAAAAUCAGUCGAGUAGAAAGAACGAAACUAGAUGAAGAAUUCCUAGAAUUGCAAAGGAGAACAGAAGUAACCAAUAAAGCAGUUGAAGGUCUUCUUACAAAAUGCACUGAGUAUCUUCAGCCAAAUCCAGCAUACAGAAUGAAGCUAGGAAUGCAGAAUACCAUGUCCAAGAUCACAGGGCAGAUGGGAACCACAGGAUACCCACAGCCUGAAGGGUUAUUAGGAGAUUCUAUGCUGCGAUAUGGGGCAGAGCUUGGAGAAGACUCUAUGUUUGGCCAAGCAUUGUUGGAUAUUGGUGAAGCGAUGAAGUUGAUGGCUGAAGUGAAAGGCUAUCUUGAUAUCAGUGUGAAACAAAACUUUAUUGAUCCACUACAAUUAUUACAAGAAAAAGAUCUAAAAGAGAUUACUUCGCUUUUGAAAAAGCUGGAAGGCCGUCGUUUGGACUAUGAUUAUAAAAAGAGACGAGUUUCUAGGAUACCUGGUGAAGAAUUACGAACAGCAGUAAAAAAAUUUGAAGAGUCAAAGGAGUUGGCUAGAAAUGGCAUGCUUAAUUUGUUAGAAAAUGAUGUAGAGCAAGUUAGCCAGUUGGCAGUAUUUAUAGAAGCCAUGCUAGACUACCACAGACAGUCCACUGACAUUUUGGUGGAGCUGGACAGGAAGUUACAGCACCGAAUACGUAUAUCAACUGCUUUCUCUAAUUAUAAUUACAAGCCUGAGACUGAAUUCAAGACUUUUAAAGUUGACAAUCAGUACAGUCAGAUUUCAUUCCAUUCUUCAGCAAGUUCAGGUCCUACGAUUUUCCCGGAUCAUCCAUGCUGUCGUGCUCUCUACGAUUUUGUUCCUGAAAGUGGAAGAGAACUUGGAUUUAAAGAAGGGGACAUCAUUACAUUAACCAGUCAAGUAGAUGAAAACUGGUAUGAAGGAAUAUUCCAGGGGCGAUCUGGAUUCUUCCCCAUUAAUUAUGUCUCUGUGCUAGUGCCUUUGCCUUAUUAGGUUUGUCACUGCAGCUGUGGACCUCAGUUUGUGACUGAAAUGAUUUCACCCAAGUGUUCUCUCAGUGUGGCAUUCUGUGAAAGCCCUGAUAUAUUUGACCGACUAAAUGACUUUUGUAUGUGUGUUCCCUUUUUAGUGAGUUUUGUAUUUCAUUUGUAUAAAUAUUUUACCUUUUUGGCCACUUGGAAGUGCAAUUUUCAUUUUUUGCUUUGUCUCUUCAAGGUCACUGGUUCGAUGUGUAUGGAUACUGUUGUUUAAAAAAAAAUUGUAUCCAUUGCAGAAACUCUUGACUGGUUUUUGUUGUCUGUUAGAUGCAAUGAUUUUUAAAAUCAUUAAAUAUAAUUUAAAUUA